AGGAGAACAGGAAGGGAAAGUAACUAACCAAUCAGCUCCACGGAAAAUGUGUCAUGCGCGAUACCGCUUGUGAUGGUAGCAUUGUGUGUGAAGGUUAACGUUAGUUAAAACGCUAGUACACUUAACUAUACUUGCAAUUUAACUCCGUUUUUAGUGUGUUUUGCUCGCGUGUAUAGGGUGUUCCGCUGAACGACGGUGUGUACUUCCUCACAGGCUAACUGUCGCAGGAAGGCAUGGCGGGUCUGUCCAGCUACGCCGUGCGCAUGGCCAGACUGAGCGCGCAGAUCUUCGGGGGGGUUGUGCGUCCGACAGACUCCAGGUCCAUGAAGGUGGUCCAGCUGUUCCAGGAGCCCCCCAUGGCCCAGAGGAAGGAGGUGUACGACUGGUACCCACAGCACAAGAUUUACUACUCCAUGACCCAGAAGCUCCGCUUCAUGGGACUGUUCAGAGACGAGCAUGAAGACUUCAAGGAGGAGAUGCGUCGCCUGAGGAAACUACGAGGAAAAGGGAAACCAAAGAAAGGAGAAGGGAAGAGAGCGGGGAAGAAGAAAUGAGCUGUUUCCCUCCCUUCUUUUUUCGGUAGGCAGGCAGCGUUGGACUGUGAACAUGCUGUCUGUGGACAUGGCUGAUCAUCCUGAAAGAAUUCCAUUGGUUUGGUCAGGACUGUACAGUUCAGUGUUGUUCCUUUGUUGGAAGCGUUUCUGUGUUGGCAAGAAUAAUACCUUAGGUCAGCGUUUCACAUGAACCAUUCUCUGUCAGUUGUAUUGAAGUCAAUUCCAUCCUUUUAUUGAUGAUUAUUGUUCCAUCUCUUGCAUUCAAAGGGUAACUACCGUUCUUUUCAACUUGGACCCUAUGUUCCUAUGUUUUUGUGUCUAAGUGACUGAUGGG